AUGGCACGAAGAUCGCUGCCGGAACCUCGGGCUGUGACCCGGAUGAUGAGCGUCCGCAAGACGAGGUCGAUGGAGGGACGGUUGUUGCCGGGCGUGGCAGAUCGACCGCUUCGAAAGAAGCGUACUGUUCGCGCCCGCGCACAACCAGUGCAAGCUCAGCAGCAGCAGCAGCAGCAACAACAACAACAGCAGCAACAUCAUCAACAACAUCAGCAACAGCAACAACAGCAGCAGCAGCAGCAACCGCAACAGCAAGAAGAACUCGUUCCUGCCGCAGCAGCAGUAUCAGUACCAGUACCAGCACCAGAACAAGAACCAGCCACCCCUCGCAACGCCGCUCGCUUCGCCAUCCCAGACCCCGUCUCCAUCUUCCCUCUCCGCAACGGCAGCUCUCUCCCACCUCUCCCCACCCAAUACCAGGCCGAGGCCGGCGCCAUGUUACUCGACUCCGAGCGCGAGGAGGCCAUGGACGAGCCCCAGGACGGCGCCGACUACCCCGCGAUCGCCGAGUACGUCGGGCCGGGCUUCGAGGGCGAGCGCAGGACAGCCGCGGACUGGCAACCUCGGGUGAGUAAUCACCACAUGAAGGCGGCGCAGGCGAGUGUGGAGAGGAUGCGGGAGCGGGCCUGGGAGCGCAGGCAGGAGGAGCUGAUUGCGCUGGACGCGGGGGAGGAGCUGCGGCCGGUGAGCCAGCUUCGGAUGUUGAAUCGGCGGACGAGAGGCCUGCUGAGCAUUGAGGGGCCGGUGAAGAAGGUGUUGCGGAUGCGGGAGCGGAGGUUGAAGGAGAGGAGGCUUAGUAAUGGGAAGAAGGGGUAUAGGCUGAAUCGGGUGUAUAAGAGGAGUGGGCUGAGGGAGGUGACGAGGGAUGCGAUGGAGUGGGAGUAUGAUGAGACGGGGAUUUGA